AUGCGCACCGUUCUUUAUAAUGGACCAUUUAUUCCUGAAAUUGAUGCUGGAUACAAUAUCCAAGCAAAUGGUGUUAUAAUUAACUUUUUAAAAGAUCCUUUUUGCUUUAGAUAUAAUAUAAUAAAUGAAAGCGAUAAAAAUACUGAACUAAAUAAACCUUUAAACUUUAUUGAUGAAAAUAUUAAAAUAUUGAACCCUCUAACUGCGACAAAAUUAGUUGAAGUGCCCCGAUAUUUGUAUAAAGAACAUAUAAUAAAUAAAAAUGAGAUAAUACAUAAAAAUGUUUAUGUUCCAUAUGUAGGUCCUGUUUAUAAAAUAAAGGAAGUAAAAGUUCCUAUUUAUAAGGAAAAAAUAAAAUAUAUUCCAAAAAUCAUUGAAAAAGAAAAAAUUUAUGAAAUACCAAAAAUUGAAAUAAAAAAUAAAAUUCAAGAAAAAUUGGUAUAUUUACAUAAGAAUAACAUAAAAUAUAAAAAAUUAAAUCAUGUUGUUGAAAGAGUUAUUCCUAUGUUGAAAACUGAUGUUAUAGAAAAAACCGUCAUAUUAUCAAAUAUUCAAAAUCAAAAAAUUUUAGAUAAGGAUGAAACUAACAAAAAUCAAGCUUUCAGUGAUCCAGGAACCAGUAAAGAAUUGUACAAACUUCAUCAUCAAGAAAAAAAUUAUAAAAGAAAGAAAAUAGAACACAUUGUAAAAGAAGAUAUACUUCAAAAUAAUGAAGUAGAAGAAAUUAAUGAAAAAUGUGAAAUAAAAUAUGAUGGAGAAAUAGAAGAAAUAAAUGAAAAUGAAAUAUUAAAAGUUGAAAAAUCAAAAGAAAACAAAGAAAUAAGGAAAAUAGAAGAAAAUGAAUCUAAUAUACCUAAUUGUUUAUUUCCUCCAAAUUUAAGCUUAUCUCAUGAAAUAAAAAAAAAAAAACAAUUAGACAUAAAUAUAUUACCACAAAAGAAAUAUUUAAACUAUUCUGAACUAAAUUUAUCCAAUAUUAGUAGUGAGAAUACAGAAAAGAGUUUUAACCUAUAUUUAAGCGAAAAUACAAAUUAG